GUUGCAACACUCUCAGUACGACUCUAGUCGCUUUGCCGCUUGGAGCAGGCGCGUCCCACGACGCCGGCCACACGGAGAGGGCGAGAGAGGAAAAACUCGAGACGGUUCAAGAGCUGAAUGUAACUGAGACAUGUGGACCGAAUGAGUGCAGUGUACAGUGACAUAAUAUUAGUGAACAGCCCAUUAAGCAACCACAGUAACGAGCGUGUAGGUGGCGAAACAUAAACAAUGGACACAAAAAGCUCGAUCUCGUCACAUGAAUGGCACAUACCGAGACCGUCUUUGUCGGGCAGUAGCGGAGCCGGCAGCAUCAGCGACUCACGAUCUCGCGGCGGCUCCGCCUCCAGCCAAGGUUCAUCUAGCAACCACAGCACCCACAGUGUAUCAUCGGGCUCGCUGCUAUUGAAUGCGGCGCAUCUGGCCCGCAUGAAUGGGAAAACAAUAGAAAGAGACGAGAUCGGAGGUUACCACAACAAAUCGAUGAAUUAUGAACGCAAGUCGGCCCUAUGCGAUUCAGUGGUUACCAUUCCCGAGGAGUCGCAUGAGGCUGUUGAUUCUAUGUGGAGCGGCGUAAAGCGAGAGGCGGCGCGCGGGCAUGACGCCGCGUCAGUCGCCAGCUCGACACACUUCACCGUAGUGAACGGGUACACGAAGCACCGGACCGGCAAGGAGCCCAAAUCAUGUUGCUGCGAUCACUCGCAUCAGAUUACCGUUCUUGUAAUAUCGAUGACGAUUUUGUUCUCAGCUUGUAUACUGGCGGCCAUAUGCUUCGUUGAAAUGCGAAUGCGCAAGGAGACCGGCAUGUACAAAUAUUCCUAAUUCUAAUAAUAAUUUGGAAGAAGAUACAUGAAAAGUAUUAAUAACUAAAUAGUUCGAUUUUAAUUUUAUACUCAAACAAUAUUUGAUUGUACAAUACUAGAUUUAAACGUGCAAAGGUUAAAUACAUAAUAUGUUCUAAAUAGACGUAGUAUAAAAUAUAAAUCAGUAGUUAAAAUUGUGGAAUAUGAAUUGUCGCCCAGUUUACUGUAAACCUAAGGAAUGUAGACAAAAAUGUGUACAUUAUUAUUUAUAUUUCAUAGUUAAAUGACGAGGAGGCCACAAAACUGUGAUGUUGAUGGUAUUUUUUAAUUAGUCUAAUUCUUAUAUGGCCUCUGUUUUGUUCUAAAUAAACAGCAUAAUUUUUAAAAUAAUUAAGUUGUAAACACGAUGUAUUAUGAAUACGAUAUAAACAUUUAAUAAUAAAUAGCAAUAUUGAUAAUUUUAAAACAAAAUGUAAAUGGUUACUUUGUAAGAUUCCAUUAUAUUGUGGAUUUAUGUAAUCAUAAUAUUAUUAUCAUAUUAAUGAAGGCAUUGUAUCAACUUAACGCCUUGCUACACACCGAAAGCGUCAUAUGCCAGAAAAAAGUUGUAAAGUUUUGUAAAUAGCAUAAAAAUUUACAUCUUUUAAACAUAAUAAUAUUAUUUCGAUCAUAAUACCUAAUGUACGAUAAUUGUUUUGUCUUAAUAUAGUUUAUAAGUGUAUUUAAAUUGUUGUGUAUGAACUGUGAUAAUGUUAACAAAAAUAAAAAUAUAUCCUGUAUA